AUGGGAAUUUUGGUAUUCAAAACUGAAACGUUUUCAUGGUUUGAUUUAAUGACCUUAUUCUUUACAGUGACUGGAGCGGUGAUUAUCAUCUUGGCCAGCGCCACACGAGUGACUGAAGAUGAAAAUGGAAAUCCUGUGGCUUAUCAAUGGAAAUGGUGGCCAGAUUUCUCACAAAUUGGACGUGGUUUCAAAUGGCCCAACGAUUUCAUUGGUAUGAUCAUUGCCUUACUUUCAAGUUUCUUCUUUUCCAUGAAAUUGAAUGCAGUGAACAAGUUGGCUCCAUCCAAAACUGGUGAAGAGAAGCCUUCCAUGAAUGUCCAUCCUUCAUCGUAUUCAAUGAGUAAGGAAGGUUAUGAAGCAUCGAGUGCACUUGUAGUUAAUGGUUCUGAAGAUGUCGUGUUUGCCGUAGAUCCAUCCAAAUCCUCAUCAUCAUUAUCUACGUUGCCAGUAUUACCUUCUAGUCCUUCAUUGAGAGAAAAAGUCUUGAUGGUGGAGACUCAAUCAAGUAUGGCUCUUGUUUCUGCUCAAUCGAAUGGAGAAUUAUAUCACGAGGAUUCAGUCCUUAUGGAAACCCAAAGUCAAGCUUCGGAUGAAUCGGCUCAUUCAGGAGCUUCUAUUGAGGCACCGUUAUUGAGCUCACGAUAUCGAGUUGCUUUACAUGAUUCAGAAACUGCAACCACAAAGGAAACUCUUGAAGAUCCUAAAUCUAUUGAACCACAACAAUCACGGGAAGAAGAAAAUUAUGUUGCUCCAGAAAUCUCUCCCGAAGACUUGUUCUACAUUCAAAAGUAUUUGCUGGUAUUGUGGCCAAUCAUACCCAUGUGCCUAUAUGAAGAUUGGACUGUCUUUACCCGAUACAACACUGUACGAUGGCUCAUGUUUAUAUGGUUCAUGAUUAUGAAUCGUUUAGUGGCCGCAGUGUUGGAAUUGUGGUGUGCAAAGGAAAUUGGAUCAUCGAAUUAUUCCAUCAUGUUCCCGAUUCGUAUUGUGAUUGGAUUGAUUUUGUCAUCGGUGGUAUUGGGAGAAUGGAUUGAUAAUUUGGUUUCGAUUUUAGGAUGUUUGAUUGUGGUGGCUGCUAUUACUGCCUUUUCCAUUAAGAAACAUAGCAAGUAA